GGGGGGAGGAGGAGUACAGGUUGAAGACACAUUAGCUAACAGCCAAGCAGUGACAGGUGAGCUCCUCCUGACGACUGGGACACUGAGCAGAGACCAGCUGGACAUGGCCGGGUACAAGCCGAAGGUGAUUUCUCUAACCAAGAGGCCAGGUCAUUCAUUUGGCUUCUACUUGAGGGUGGAGUAUGCUGUGGGCGGUCACCUGAUCCGCUGCCUGGAAAUGGGCGGUCCAGCUGAACUGGCUGGCAUGAAAGACGGAGACCGCAUCCUGCGGGUCAAUGGAACAUUUGUUGAUGGGCUGUCACAUUCAGAGGUGGUGGACAUGAUCAGAAACAGUGGAGCAUCAGUCACAUUUCACAUCCUGGAUGGAGAUUCCUACGAGCAAGCCAAAGCAACGGGAGUGAACCUGUCCGACCCUCAGAGCACACCGGUUGCCAACGGUGGGGCCAAACCGGCUCUAAAGCCCAAACUCUGCUACCUGGUUAAGUCCAGCUCAGGCUAUGGGUUUUCCAUUCGCUCAGUCAAAGGUGAGCAGGGUUUGUUCAUGACAGAGGUGAUCAGAGGAAGUGUGGCUGACAGGGCUGGGGUCAGUGUCAACGACCGCCUGCUGGAGUUUAACGGGGAGGACGUAGAAGGCUCCACACAUGAUCAAGUAGUGGACAAGAUCAGACUGGCUGGCGGCAGCAGCAUCAUGUUCCUGCUGGUUGACGAGGAAACAGACAGGCACUUCCGGAGCAAGCAUAUGAAGAUAGGAACAUGGUUAGCCACUGCCAAGUAUCUCCCACACAAGCCACGCAUCAUCCAAUUGACCAAAGGACCUGAUGGCUAUGGCUUCCUGCUCAAGGAGAAGAAGAACCAAGCAGGCCACUUCAUCAAGGACAUAGACAGAGGCAGCCCAGCAGAAAAAGCAGGUGUGAAGGAAAUGGACAGACUAGUAGCUGUGGACGGUAAGGAGGUGGACAGAUGCAGCCAUGAGCAGGUGGUGGACAAGAUCAGGCAGAGUGGAAACAAAUGCUGCCUCCUAGUGGUGGACAAAGACACGGACCAAAUGUAUAUGCAAGGCCAAGUGUCUCCUAUAGUCUUCUUGGAGGAGAUAAAGGAUUCCAACUCACCGCCCAGUUACAGAGAGGCCCUCAAUUUACCUGCUCCUGUCAAACCAUCCACACCCGUUCAGAGUAGGAAGGAGGAGCUCAAGCCCAAACUGUGUAAGAUGGAAAAGGCCUCAACUGGCUAUGGCUUUCACCUAAAUGGCAUCCAGGGGGUGUCUGGAAAUCACAUCAAGGAGGUGGUUAAAGGUGGAGUGGCCGACAGGGCGGAUCUGGAGGAUGACGACAUUGUGGUGGAGGUCAACGGGGUGAAUGUGGAGCAGAGCAGCCACGAUGAGGUGGUGGAGAUGAUCCGCAGCAGUGGCAGUUCUCUGGAGCUGUUGGUGGCUAACGAAAGCGUCUAUGACCAACUCCAAGCUAAAGGAGUGACCAUCACACGCCGGCUGCUCGGAGAAACAUCUUAUGCUCAGGUCCACACUGCAGACACUCCAGAGGAAGAAGAGAGACAUGAGGCGGCCAGACCUGAAACCCCAACUGAACCAGCAAGAGCGAGGACGCCAUCGUCUUCAUCUGCAGAAAGUGUCGAUGAGAGACUCUGAAAAAAAUCACAGAAAGGACCCGCUCUCCGAUUUGGCCUUUGUCAAUCUAAUGUUGAUCCAUCAUUUUCUCAACAAUCAGCUGUGUGGGCUUCAAUCAUCCAGUCGUCAUCACAGGAGACAAGAGAUGCAGGAAAAAAAAGGACAGUCAACACUUUUGAAAUGUACUGACGAUAUCUUAACUCUGGCAGGAUAUUUGCAUGAUUAAAGGGCUGAGAAUACUU